AUGGUCCGGCCCAAUAUCCCCGAAAACGACUUGGAAGACAUCAAAAAAUUGAGGGAGUUGGUCAAGGAUGAUGUAAGUUGAAAUAAAAAAAAAAAUUUUUUUUUGAUUAUGGGGAUUAGUUGGUGUAGAUUAAGAAUUGAAAAUUUAAGGCUGCUUUUAGCUGAAAUUUGAUUCUUUUUGAUAGGAAAAGGCUCGCUAAUUAUAGGAUUUUUGAUAGCGUAGACUUUAAAGAUGCUUACGGGGGAAGUACCCCAAGUUCGACGCAUAGAUUUUGAUGAAACUUGGCGCAAAUUUAGAAGAACUUUUUCUAGGAUAAUGCGAGAAUCCUAGCUCUCGCUUUGCAGAAACAGCCGAGAUUUUUGGAUCGAAAGUCGGCGAAAAUUUUGGACUUUUUGCCAAAUUUCGGGAUGAAAAGUUUUGUACUUACUGGUAUCGUAAAGGGUAAUCCCUGCACAAAAAAAUCAAUUUUUUCCGCAUGGUACUAGCAAAGUUAUGGCCAAAAAGUGUUUUUCUCUCUGACCGCACUCCGCGUUUAGCGCACUCUCUCGGCCGCAAAGAUCAUUCAAUAUCUCGGCAGCGCCUGAAAAGAGCGAGCUAAAACUUUCAGGAAUUGAUAUCUAGUCUCUGCCGGACGUGUGAGCAAAAUUUAAAGAAAAUCUGAGCGUCGCACUUGGGGUACUUCCCUUGUGAAAUUUGAUUGUUUUUGAUAAGAAACAGGAUUGUUAAUUACAGGAUUUUUCAUAGCGUAGAUGUAGAAGUUGCUUUGUUCCAUAUUCAAGCCUAAUUCUCCUAGCCAAUAACUUAAUUCCGCUCCAGCUGACUCCCUAUUACGACACGGACUUUAAUCUCCUCCGUUGGCUAAAAGGACACAACCACAACUUCAACGAGAUCGUCCCCAAGCUCCGGAAUCACUUGACCUUCCGCAAGAGUCAUUGGAAUUUGGAUACGGCGCAUCUGAAGCCGCGCGACCAUCCAAUUCAUGCGCAUUGGCAGGCGGGAUUGGGUGGAUUGGCCGGGAAAACCCCUCACACAUUCAUCAAUGUGGAACAGAGCGGAGGAAAUGAUUACUGGGGCAUGUUGUACACGUAUCCGCUGAAUGAGGUGAUGAGGGCGAGAGUCUACGAUUUGGAGUUUAUGUUGCAUAAAGUCAUGGAGCAUGAAGCGGAGACUGGUAAGAGAAAAAAGAUUAUAUAAAUAGAUCACUUUUUCCAAUAUCUUUGCAUGCUCAUUUGAAACCGGAGUUGGACGAUUGGGGAAAAAGACGAUUGGGGAAAAGUACGAUUGGGGAAACCGAAAAAUAUUAUUUUUCUUCGGUGCAAGUGUCAAAAAUUAGGAUAAUCCAGGGUGCUGAUUUCGAAAAUGACAUUCUUUUUUUUUGAUCUUUACUUUUUUCCUUAUGUAGUACUGUAAAGUAGUACUUUUUUGAAUUUUUUUCAUGAAUACUCGAUUUGGGGGUUUUACGGUGGUUCUGCCUUCAAAAUCAGAAAAAAAUGAGUAAGAUUUUCGAAAUCAGCACCAUCGUAAACCCCUAAAUCAAGUAUUUAUGGAGAAAAUUCAAAAAAUUACUACUUUACAGUGCUACCAAGCUUAAGGAAAAAAGUAACUAUCAAAAAAAACGAAUCUCAUUUUCAAAAUCACAACCCUCGAUCAUCCUAAUUUCAAACUUGCAUCGAAGAAAAGGAAAAAUUUUCAAAAAAAUUUUUCACAAAUAUUCAAAAUUAUAAAAAAUUUUGAAAAAAAAUUAAGCGUAUUUUCAGGUGAACAAACCUCCAUCAUGUACAUAAUGGACCUGGACGGCUUACACUACGAUAAGAAUCUGAUUUCUCUCCUGAACGGCGCUCUGGCCUCCAUCUCUGCCUUUAUGUCGGAACACUACGUCGAAAUGGUCCAUAGCUUUGUCCUCGUCAAUGUGCCCACCUUUAUCAGCUUUUUGUGGAACAUUGCCAAGCCAUUGUUGCCUCACCGAACGCGGAACAAAGUCAUCAUUUUGGAUUCGGACUGGAGAAACGAGAUUCUGAAGUUGGCCGAUCCUGAAGUUCUUCCGGCCUUUUGGAAUCUACCUGGGGAAGAUGUGAGUUGGUUUGGGGGCUUUUUGGGUAGCUUGAUGAUGACUUUUUUUCAAGUUUUUAACAUGAGGAAAUUCAUCAAUUUUUAACGCCAGAGAUUAGAGAAAUUUCGGAGAGUAGAGGAACCAUAUUUUGGUAAGUUAUAGAAGCAUAUUUUGACAAUUUUUUUGUCGAAAUCAUGUGCGUUUCAUACAGAAAACACAUUUGUAAUUUUCUGACAAUGAGCUGACUCUUUUUUGCCAUCUUUUGACCUAAAAAUCUCGACCAAAUCUUAGUCAUUUCCCAUUAUAGCAGCUAGAUUUUUCCCCGUUUGAUUCGCUUAAUUGGCACAUCAUUUUUAACACUUUCUUUUACCAGUUUAUUUGAUGUUUUCAUAUUUCAUACAUAUCCAUUCGACCUCCAUUUUCAGCUCUUCAAAGCCGACAUCAAACGGGCGGUGCCGUUCGAAAAGGACGGCUAUUACAAGGACGGGAUCCCCAAGGAUUCCCAAUUGUUGUACGUGAAAGCCGCGAGUGUUGGAUCGGUCGCUGUGGAAGCAGAGGAGGGCCAGAAGUUGAGCUGGGAAUUUAGCGCCGAUGGCAAUUUCGCGUACGGGAUCUACUUUUCCGAGGAUCCGAAACUGGAAAAUGUGGACUUGAUGACAGCCGUGUACCCUAGGUUUAAUGUGAGUACAGUGGGGACCUGAUCCAGUGGCAAAAAACGUAGCAUCUUGCAUCCAGGAAGCAUCAAAAAAUGUGGCAAAAUACCUCGCUUUCCAAGUGAAAAACUCAGGUUUCAAAAGCGCGCUCGCUCGUUUUGUGUGGGAAAUGGCGCUAUCUUCAAAACGGAGUUUUUUUUUGUUGGAGAGGAGACGUUUUGCCACAUUUUUGAUACUUCCCGGAUGCAAAAUGGUACGUUUUUUGCCACUGGAUCGGGUCACUGCAGUUCGUUUUAAAAUUAUUUUUUGAACGUCUCCAACCUUACUUAGAAUUUUAAGUUUAAAGUUGUGGUUGUUUAGAAGGUCCCAGGCCCGACGUAUGUCCCAUUGAGCGACUUUAUUAUCUGCCCUCGGACCGGGACUUAUCGCCUCUGGUUCUCCAAUCAACACGCCUGGAUCCACACUCUCAAGGUGCAUUACAAAUUGGAGACGAGCAAUGAAUAG